GUUUGGUUACGCUGUCUCGUGGUUGUUGAUGUCGCCGUCAGAAGUCAAUGAAGCGACGCAGAGGAAGAAAAAACCAGCAGGCAGGUCGUCAACAACAACAACAACAACCCUGUGAUCAGCUGUGAUCCGGAGAGCAGAGAUCAAACCUCCUCUUACAUCAGGCGACGAUGCAGUUCCUGGGCCGGCUGCUGGACACCGUGUCCUCGGUGUCGACCCUCUUCACCAACCCGUACCGGGUGAGGGACGUGCCGCUGUCCGACUACGGCGGUGGAGGCAAAGUCCUGCUGAAGGAGGAGGGACGCAUGGUCCUGUACAGGAACACCCAGUACCAGUCGUGGGACUGUCUGCUCAUGUGCCCCGAGACGCCGAACGUGACCCUGAGGAUGUUCCAGGUGGCGUCGGAGGAGGACGCCAUGAACUGGUUCCCCCAAUACGCCCUCAAGCUCCGCCCCUUCUACGAGACGCUUCCCCUGAAGGCCGAGACCGCCCAGCCGAUCGUCGACUGCAUCCGCAACCACCAGGACUGGAGCUCCGCCCACAUCGCGGUGGAGACGGGCCUGAGAGAGUGCCUCAAACAUAACUAUGUCCAGAGUCAGAUCAACGCUCGGGACGCCUCCGGUCAGACGCCGCUGCACCUGGCAUGUGAGCGCGGUGACCUGGCGUGCGUGAGGCAGCUGCUGGAGGAAAGCCAGGCUCGCACCGACAUCAGAGACCGGCUCGGGGAGACUCCCAUGCACUGUGCCGCCAAGCAGGACACGCCGGCCAUCAUCCAGGUCAUGUGCUCGCGGUUGUGUUCGGGGGUGAACGAGCUGAACAACAACGGCGAGACGCCGCUCCACGUGGCGUGCCGCCUGGGACGCGUGGAGUCCGUCAAAGCUCUGUUGGGGGGCGGGGCCAAGUGCGACGUCGUCGGUGGCACCGGCUAUGCCAUCCACAGCGCCAUGAAGUACAGUGAGAAGGGCUGUGUGGAGGAGAUCCUCAAAGCAGACCCGGGUCAGCUCCAGGCCGAGGACUCUUUGUACGGAGGAACGCCUCUCCACUGGUCCAAAACUGCUGAGAUGUGUCUCCUGCUGCUGGAACGCGGCUGUGCGGUGAACUACCUCAGUAAGACCGGAGAGAGCGCCCUCCACAUUCUAACCAGGAGGGGGCGCUUUGAGGCGGCCAUGGUGCUGCUGACCCACGGGGCCAACGCCAACCUCAAGGGCCAGGACGGAAACACAGCCCUGCACCUCGCCAUGAAGAUGGACCACAUGGAGCUGAUCAAAGCUCUGAUUGUGUUCGGGGCCGACGUGGAGAUCCACAACGACCUGGGAGAGACACCUGGACUCAUCGCUGCUCGCACCAGCAAAGGGUUUCAGGACGUCCUGUAUGCGGGCGCUGCAGUCAGCGCAAUGAGCAGAGGCACAUCUGAGGCGGACGGCGCCAAGAAGGAGAACAGGAAGACGGACAGACUGCUGUGUCUGGACGGUGGAGGUAUUAAAGGCCUGGUGCUGAUCCAGAUGCUGAUCGCUCUGGAGCGAGAGGCCGGUCGGCCCAUCAGGGAGCUCUUCGACUGGGUGGCUGGAACCAGCACCGGGGGCAUCCUGGCCCUCGCCAUCGUCCACGGUAAGUCCAUGGAGUACCUGCUCUGCCUGUACUUCAGGAUGAAGGAGCAGGUGUUCAAGGGGUCACGACCUUAUGAGUCGGCGCCGCUGGAGGACUUCCUGAAGAAGGAGUUUGGAGAGAACACCAAGAUGACGGAUGUCCGUUACCCCAGGGUGAUGGUGACCAGUGUUCUAGCAGACAGACAUCCAGGCGAGCUGCACAUCUUCAGGAACUAUGACCCUCCCUCCGUGCACAGAGAGCCUCCAUACGCCACCACCGCCACCUUCAAGCCCCUCACCAUCCCACAAGGAUGGGAGGAUGAGGAUGUGUUGGUAGUAGGAUACGCAGAGGAGCCGACCGCAAAGCGUAGGAAGGUGACUGAUGAAGAACAACUCGUGUGGCGAGCCGCCCGCUCCAGCGGCGCCGCCCCCACUUACUUCCGACCAAUGGGCCGCUUUCUGGACGGAGGGCUGCUGGCCAACAACCCGACGCUGGACGCCAUGUCAGAGAUCCAUCAGUGCAAUAAAGCUUUGAGAGCAGAGGGCCACGGAACCCAGAUCAAGAAGUUGGGUAUAGUGGUCUCUCUGGGUACAGGUAAACCUCCUCAGGUGGUGGUGAGCUCCGUGGAUGUUUUCCGACCCUCCAACCCUCUGGAGCUGGCCAAGAGCUUCGUAGGAGCCAAGGAGCUGGGCAAGAUGCUGGUGGACUGUUGUACGGACUCUGAUGGCUGUACGGUGGACAGAGCUGGAGCCUGGUGUGAAAUGAUCGACACCGUCUACCACAGACUGAGUCCCCAGCUGUCUCAGGAGGUGAUGCUGGAUGAGGUGAGUGACGCCGUCCUGGUGGACAUGCUGUGGGAAACCCAGAUGUACCUGUACGAGAAGAGGGAAACCCUCCAGUUCCUGGCAAAGGUGCUGCUGGACAACUGAAAGCACGGGAGACACAAGGAGGAGAGGCUGCGAAACCCGGGACCAACGAGAGCAGAGGAGAGUCCUGUGCUGGAGUCAGGAGACGAGACGGAACGUCUGUGUUGGUGGGCUCUUCUUUCAGACUCCUGGAGACGACGGGACCACAGUGACUCAUAUUUACACUGAAAUGUCCGUACGCAGGAACACGCGUGUGAAUCUAGACACACGCAUAUAACAGACAGGAAAAGGACUGACUCAACGAGAGGCUAGUAACGUAGCAUCACUGACCUCAUCACUGACCUGAUAACUAUCAUGCUUCUUUAAGUUUACCGUUUGUCUACCAACCAGUGAAGAAGAGUGAGGAGUUUUCCCGUCUUCAACUGAACCCUCCUCUUCUCUUUGGAGACGUGGAUGGAUUACCUGUUACUGGAUGAAACACAACACCGUCACAAAGACACGCUGAAUGAUCACUAACACGCACAAAACAACUACAAACAACCCGACAUGACGACGAAGAGACACAAAACCACCAGAUGAAAACGUAAAACAUGACAGAUAGAUGCAAAACGACGACAAGGAUGCUCUAAAGGACCACAUGGAAACAUAAUAUAUCUAAAAAUAGAUGCAAAACGACCACAGAGUCACUAAAUGACUUUAAAAAAAGCUAAACUAUCACGAGGAGAUGCUAAAUGACCGUUGUCUCCUAAUCCGUCCAUGAUCAGAGAGUUUGAAUCCAACUCUGAUUGGUUGUGAUUAAACUCCUCCUCAUUCCUCCUUCUCUUGUUCCUCAUCUGAGGGACCCUGCAGUACUUGUACAUCAUCUAGAGUACUCUGUAGUAUCAGGUCAAAUGAUCAGAGGGACCCUGCAGUACUUAUACAUUCAGGCCUUUCCUCUAAAACUUCCUGACGAUAUUUAAACUCUCUGACUGGCUGUAGACCUCUGUCCACUGAGUGUCUUUGAUUUAACGUCUUCUGUCACGACUGGACUUUGAUUUUACUUGAAGGACAAAGUGAAGACUUACUGCUACUCGCACAACGUGAACUAGAAAUGAUUUCUUGUGAUUUGUGUAUUUGGAUUAAUCACUGAAGUGUCGUGUGGUAAUAAAAUAUAUUAAUAUGGACUUGUGUUGUUUCUUUGUAGCAGUCACACUCGUAACUUUAAUUUACUACUUCUCUAUAUUUGAUCAAUGAGCUAGUGAAGAAUUCAGAGCACAACAGUCAACUUUAUUUCACUUUAUUCCACUUUAUUUCACUUUAUUCCACUUUAUUUCACUUUAUUCCACUUUAUUUCAC